AUGUCGACGUGGCAGCAAGUCGCCGAAAGCAAGCGGGCGCAGAGGGAGGCGCUCAUCCCGGAAGCGUACAAGGUGCCAGCGUCGUCCCUGCCUGCUGUCAGCACCGACUCGGUCGUCGACUUUCCUUCAAAGACGGGAAUCCUGACCGCGCGCGAGGUUCAGAUCACGGAAACCGACGAUGUAUCUGUGUUGCUCGCAAAGCUGGCCAGCGGCGAGUAUACAGCUGUGGAAGUGUUGGAGUCGUUCAUCAAGCGAACAUGUAUCGCACACCAACUGGUCAACCCUCUGACCGAGAUCCACUUUGAGGACGCUAGGAAGCUUGCUGCGGAGCUGGACGCCGAGCUCAAGUCGACGGGAAAAGUGCGUGGUCCCCUGCACGGUCUUCCGAUGAGCGUCAAGGACCAAUUUCAGAUCAAAGGUUCCGAUUCGACCAUCGGCUACAUCAGCUAUGCCAACAAGCCAUCCGACUCGGAUUCAGUACUGGUCGAAGUCAUUAAGAAAGCGGGAGCUGUGCCGUUCGUAAAGACCAACUUGCCUCAGACGAUCAUGUACUCGGAAACUUCGAAUACUCUUUGGGGCACGACGCUGAAUCCGCACAACAGGACAUUGCAUCCUGGUGGAUCGUCGGGCGGAGAGGGAGCGUUGGUAGCCAUGAAAGGAUCACCGCUGGGUGUAGGUACGGAUGUGGGUGGGUCGGUGAGGAUUCCUGCGGCGCUGUGUGGCCUGUUUGGACUUCGACCGUGCUCUCAUAGGUUCCCGUACGAGGGCGCUGUCAACACGCUGCUAGGUCAGAUCACAAUUCCUUCAGUGCUGGGCCCACUCAGUCGGUCGUUGUCGGGCUUGACCGAGUUCUCAAAGGCAGUACUGGCGCAGCAGCCGUGGCUGCUGGAUCCACAGACACCCUCGAUGCCGUGGAACGAGGAGAGAUUCCAACAGGCGCGUACGCAAAAGAAGCUCAACGUGGGUGUCAUGUGGCACGACGGUCAUGUCAAGCCAAUGCCACCCUACGAGCGAGCGAUCAAGGAAGUGCUCGCCAGCCUUGGCGAACACGAUAUUGUCGACUUUGAGCCGUACAAGACCAAAGAAGCGAUGGGCAUUUUGGUCGAAGCGUUCUGCGCAGAUGGAGGCAAGGACAUCUCGGAAUCCAUCGCUCCACUCAAAGAGCCUCUCGGACCAUGUCUAUCCGGUAUAGGCCAGAAGGAGUACACCGCCUUCGAAGUGUGGCAAGCGAACAAGCGCAAGCUCGCGUUCCAAAAGGAAUACCUCGAUCACUGGAAUGCCACCGCCAGGCAGACAAAGGAUGGCCGACCGAUCGAUCUUCUCAUCGUACCAGGCAUGGCUUACACCGCCAUCGCACCAGGCAACGACAUCUACGUAGCCUACACGGGCAUCUUCAACCUGGUCGACUAUCCAGCUGUCGUACUGCCCAUCUCGAAGGUGAAUCCUGCCGUCGAUGGAGGAGCAACGAGGAGUGGUGGAUUCCUUUCGGAAGACGACGAGAAAUGGAGCAAGAAGUGGGACGCGGAGAAGUUGGUGAAUGCUCCUGUGUGCAUUCAGAUUGUAGGUAGGAGGUAUGAGGAGGAAGCCGUGUUGGGGUACGCUGAGCAGGUGUACGACGCUUUCACCGCUGGUUCGAAGAAGACUUAG